CAUAAUCUCAUUUCAUAUGUCAUACUUUGGCUUACCAAAAUUAUUACGGAGUAAUAGACCGAUCAAAAAAUCAAAUGAAUAAUUGAAGUAUUGAAUGAAGUUGUCCUCUUGCUAAAUUCGGGAUCAUAUCAUUGUUUAAAGUAUUUUUUUUUUUUUUGUGUAAAGUAUUUUGUUACUAGUAUAGUAGUAUCGGAACAACACACUGUCUGCAUACAGAUCGAAGAAAAAAUGGUCAAAAUAAUUUCUUUACUGGUAGUUCUCAUAAUAAUUGCUCUGACCAUACGCAGCGGUGCUACGCAACAAGUUCCGCCACCACCGGCGGGAUCCACAGCCCCGGCGGCGCUACCUCGACCCGCCCAAGAUUUCCUGGACGCCCACAACCAAGCAAGGGCGGAAGUCGGUGUGGGCCCACUCGCAUGGAGCCAGAUGCUUGCCAAUGCCACCAGCCUCCAGGUUCGUCACCAGAGAGACGCACAGAACUGCAGCUUCGCCGAGCUGAGCGGCGGAAAGUACGGCGGCAACCAGAUGUGGGCAGGCGGAGCUGCGGCGACGCCGCGGAUGGCGGUGGAGCAGUGGGUGGAGGAGAAGAAGUUCUACGAUUACGGGAACAAUUCUUGCAUUUCAGAUCACCAGUGUGGGGUGUACACUCAGGUGGUGUGGAAGGAAUCGCUGGAAUUGGGUUGUGCUCAGGCGACAUGUGGGAAGGGACAGAUUACCUUAACCAUAUGUUUCUACAACCCUCCCGGAAACGUUGUCGGAGAGAGGCCCUAUUGAUGAUGUUUCUCUCACUCUGUUUGCUUGUUCUUAUUACUGUGUCAAGAUCCAAGCUUCUCUGAUGUUUUCCAGAAAAACAAGGGUUGGAUUUGAAGGUCCAAUAGUGGAAUUUGUGAAAUUUUGAUUGUACUAAUGGUUUGUUGAUUGUCCGAUUAAGAGUGAAAAACUGAAAACAACUCCAUGUCCUUGCCCUUGAUUGUCAUAAUAUGAACUGUUUGGUUU